UGACCUUCUCGAUCCCACACUUAAGAUAACACACAGAACUACUUGUAAAUGCGUUUGUUCAUUGGUUUUUCAGAAAUGACUGUUAUACAGACGAAGGAGCCAGGUCACAUAUUUUUUUCCACCACACAGAAACUGGUUUUAAUGCAAGAUGUCUCACUCAGGAGAUGCAGCAAAUAACAUUAAAGAUAUGGCUAUUGAUUUCAUAGCAGGAUCCUUAGGAGGAAUUGGCUCAGUUUAUGUUGGUCAACCUUUGGAUACUGUAAAAGUGAAAAUGCAGACAUUUCCAGCAUUGUAUCAGGGAAUGGUGGAUUGUUUUCGACAAACUCUAAUGAAGGAAGGAGUUGCAAGAGGUCUGUAUGCUGGGACAGUGCCAGCUAUAGCAGCGAAUGUUGCCGAGAACUCUGUUCUCUUUGCUUGUUAUGGAUUAUGCCAAAAAGCUAUAGCAAAAGCUGUGGGAGUCCAGAAUACUGGUGAUCUGAGCACUCUUGCAAAUGCUUCUGCAGGUUUCUUUGCUGCCUUCUUUUCAUCCCUUGUUUUGUGCCCUACAGAGCUGGUUAAAUGCCAGCUACAAGCCAUGCGGGAGGUUCAGAUGCAAUCACUGAAACAAGGGGAUACAGUGAGUAAAAUUGGACCAUUCCGCUUAACGAAGAAUAUCUUACAAAAAGAUGGGAUCAAUGGUUUGUUCAGAGGAUUAACAUCAACAAUUGCCCGUGAAAUGCCUGGGUAUUUUUUCUUUUUUGGAGGAUAUGAGGCAUCUAGAACAUUCCUUACUCCACAAGGGCAAACAAAAGAUGAUAUAGGACCCCUCAAGACAAUGGCCUCAGGUGCAAUUGGUGGAGUCGUAUUCUGGAUGGUCACAUUUCCUGCUGAUGUGAUCAAAUCACGUAUUCAGGUAGCAGGUUCAAAGGAGACAAUGACUUCAGUUCUGAUGCGUAUCAUUCGGAAAGAAGGUCCAUAUGCACUCUACAAUGGCCUUCGACCAACUGUUGUCCGUACAAUUCCUGCCACUGCAACAUUGUUCCUUGUGUAUGAGAAUAGUAAGAAACUCAUGCACCAUUUUACUGACUGAAUUAUUUAAAUAGAAAUGAUUAUGCUGCACUAGAAUGCAUAAAUUGUGCAAAAGUACUGUAAUGUGGAUAAUAGUAAUAUAUUAGCCAACACAAAGAGCAUGUAAAUCCACAAACUCACCUAGGACAGUUAACUUUUGAAUAAUAUGUGGGCAUCAUUUUGUUACUUUUUGUGAAAAUAUAAAUAACUAUAUUUUAAAGACAACAUUUUUCAUAAGGAAAUGUGAUGAGCAUUGGAAUCAUUCACCCAGUAUGGCAGAGCUAUGUGGAUGUAAGGUAUGCGCUCAUAAUGCCUUUGUAGAAUUCUUUUGUAUAAUUUCCAUAAACUUACAAUGUAAGUUUGUUUGUAUUUAAGACAGAUGGCUGGCUAUGAAUCAUUUGUCAAAAAGUGGGAAAUCAAGGUUAAGUCUAUAAUAAAACAAAUUACAAAUACUUAUGCAUCCUAUUCAGUAACAGUACAUAAGCCUGUGUGAUUCAUACUUUGGGUUAACCUAGUUUACUGUACAGAUCAAUACAAGACCAUGCAUUUUGUUAACUGGAUUCUUUGACUUUUAAGAGCCAAAGUGUAUUGAAUGAGCUAAAUUGAUGGGUCCAGAAAAAAGAUGUCUGUCAAAUUUAGACCAUGUACCAUGCUGUUUGAACCGUUUUUUUGGAACAUAGAGUAUGUUUGAGAGAAUUGUUGAUUGGUGUCAAAUUUGAUAAGGUGGCAGACAUUGUUUGUGAUGAUGUUUCACCGCACACGUUUAGCAAAAAGGAGUUUAAGUACAGUUUAUCUCAUGUAUUAUGAGUUUCCACAGCAAUUGAAACUUUGAUUAAGAAUUAAAAACAAAAUGGCACUGGCAGUUUACCAAAAUGGUAGAGGUGUUGUGUCUUUCCCAAUCAUAUAUUAUGCAGGAAGAGGUUGAGAAAAAAAAAUCAACAGUCUACUAAAGUCAAUGCAAGAAACACUUGCAUUGGUAGGCAUUCCCACUAGUGUCAAAAUACUUAAUGACACAAACAACAUCUGCUUUAAAAGUGAUAUUAAUUGACAAAGUUGUUUCUACGUGUACGAGCUUAUUUGACAAACCUGUGGAUAGAAAUAAGCAAAUGUGAUAAACAAGUCUGAUAACAUAUGUGCCUCUUUACAAGAGCCCAAGAACUUUUAUUUUCAGUAGGUCAAAAUCUGUUCACGUUUUAGGUAAGUAUCAUGAAAACCAUGUUCAUUACGUUACUACAAAGAAACGUGCAAGCACCCCUUUACCCUUAUUGGCAUCUAUAAUUGGAAGGAGAACAAUGUUAUAAUUUUAGAAGAUGUAUUUGUGUCUUAUUAUUUAAUAAACAUUGUUCAAUAAUUC